AUGCAGGCUCUACAGGUUUUGUCUCUGACUCUGCUGUCCGUUCUGGCAGCUAACGCCCAGACCUUCCGCCCUGGAAAAUGCCCCCAACCCCCCGUCCAGGCUAACUUUGACACCGCCAGGUAUCUGGGCAAGUGGUAUGAGAUCCAGAAGCUCCCUGCCAUCUUCCAGAAGGGCGAGUGCAGCACUGCCACCUACUCCUUGAAGAGCCCCGGAGUAGUUGGUGUGCUCAACAGGGAGCUGCUGUAUCUCGUGGAUCCACCAGCAUCGGUGGCGUCCCUGAUGCGGGACGAAGAACCCGCACAGCUCGUGGAUCCACCAGCAUCGGUGGUAGCUCUGGUGCGGGACGUAGUGCCCGAUCAUCCCGCGGAUCCCGCUAUGGACCCGGGCUGA